CGAAUCCGAGCAGUUCAGGAGCGCUUUCUCGUAGCCCCAACCUCGUCUUUCCGCUGCCGCCGCCGCCGCCGCCGCCGGAGUGAAAUCUUAGCAAAAUUCCCAUAUUGCAGAGAUUCCGGUUUCCCAUAUCAAAUAUCAUUCAUUCCAAUUUUAUGACCUAUUUUGUCUCGUUUUCCCAACAACCCAAUCAGUACGCUCCAAAAGGAAGGAAGCUAAAAGGCAUCAUGCAAAUUCCCUUCUUCAUUAAGUCUCUGCACUCGACCCACUGUAGAACUUGCUUCUCUUCUUGCGCCUAAAUGGUGGCUGUUCUAGUCUGAUUCUCACAGCAGGGCUCUGAGGGUUUCUUUCCCCCCCCGGAAGAGAAAGGAUACAUAGAAUCCUACCGUGGCCGAUUGGGUGAUAACUUUACUAGUCUACCUUUGAUAAGGUUUCUCCAAACAAAGAUGAAUGCUCCAUUGGAGUCUACUUUGUGGGAUAUACUUGGUGUGAUUGAACCUCAGCGGGAUGAUUGGCUGAUUCGGCAAAGAAUCGUUCAAGAACUACAAGAUGUAGUAAGAACUAUUCCAAAUCUUAGAGGUGCGACUGUGGAGCCAUUUGGAUCAUUUGUGUCCAAUCUAUUCACUCCAUGGGGCGACUUGGAUAUUACUGUUAUGCUAGAUUAUGGUUCUUACAUUUCAGUUGCUGGGAAGAAGAGGAAGUUGUCUUUACUUGAGGAUGUCUUAAGAGCUCUGAAGGAGAAAGGUGGGUGGUGGAGGUUGCGAUUUAUCCCAAAUGCAAAAGUUCCCAUUUUAAAAUUUGAGAAAGGAUGCCCUGCCAUUUCUGGUGAUAUUUCAAUUGACAACCUUGGGGGCCAGAUGAAGUCCAAAUGCUUGUUCUGGCUCAACCAAAUAGAUGGACGGUUUCGCCCAUUGGUGUUACUGGUUAAGGAAUGGGCCAAAACCCAUAACAUCAACAAUCCGAAGUGUGGGACACUUAACUCAUACUCCCUUAGUUUGCUUGUGGUCUUCCAUUUUCAGACGUGUAAGCCAGCAAUCUUUCCUCCAUUUCAUGCUUUAUACCCAACAAAUGUUGUCGAUGACCUUACAGGUGUGAGGGAAACUGCUGAACAAAGUAUCUCUGACCUUUUUCAUGCCAACAUAAGAAAAUAUAUAGCAGGCAGAUCCAGAACCAUGAACAGAAGUUCUUUGUCUGAGCUUUUUGUUUCCUUUCUAGCAAAGUUUUCAACCAUAAGUCUGAAGGCCCGAGACUUUGGAAUUUGCCCGUUUACUGGGCAGUGGGAAGAGAUAAACAACAACACAAGAUGGUUUCCCAGGACUUUUGCGCUCUAUCUAGAGGAUCCGUUUGAGCAGCCAGCGAAUAGUGCAAGGGCUGUUAGUGUUAGAAACCUAGACAGAAUACAGGAAGUGAUUCAGAGAACCCAACUUGCCAUUUUGUCCCCAAGUUUGAGUUGGAUCGAUAUUCAUCCGUUGCUGGUGAAGCCAGAGCUGAGUCGAGUAAUCCUGUUUAGAAAGCAGAACCAGAAUAGUGGUGGGCAAAUGAUGCAACUCCAGCAGCAGCAGCAGCCACAGAUAAGGAAGCAUGUGCAUUCUCUUGCGCCGGUUAUAGCAGCUCGGGUUCAGAAUGCAAGGUCAGAGAAUCAGUUGAGAGGCUGGAGAGAUGGGACUCGUCACAUUCAUGAGUUAUCAUCAAAGCCCAAGCAAGAGACGGCUUCCAAUAAUGCUGUCUCGAAAGAGAGUAAUGCAAAAAAGUGGAGGAAGCGAGGGAUUCAGCAGCAGCAAAGGGGGGAUGUUUUUAAUAGUAAGCAGCAGUUGUGGAGGGCAAGGUCACAACAAAGUUAAUGCCUUCUAGCCUCACAGCCCUAAAUCAUUUUGUUUCUUUGGCCAUCUCUUGUAAGUUGUAAGCGUAAUCGAGAACCGCCAAUUGAUGAAUGAAUGUGCAAGGUUGCCUUCUGCUGCUGCAGCUAACAACAAUUUACCCCUGUUCACUCUUUUUGUUUAAAAUUGUGAAACAACAGUUAUAAAGUUUUUGUUCUACUUCGUGAUUGAAAUCUAGAUAUCAAUAGCUAUAUUGGGAACAGCAA